AUGAAGAAGAUGGAGUCGUCAAUAGAUAAUAGUGUUGACACUAAGAAAGUUGUGAAGUCUUAUCUCAAGCGGAAAACAAUCGUCUCUGCUCUGAUAGAUGAAAUUGAUAGAACGAGUGAUCGUUACAAGAUAAAGGUUCAGAUAAUCAAUCUCUGGAAAUCAUAUCGUAAAAACAAGGUUACAUCCAUAGAGAUGGUAUUAGCAGAUGAAGUGGGUUCUAGAAUUCAUGCAACUGUUGAUGGAGAUUUGGUGGAGCAAUUUAAUUCAGAAUUGACGGAAGGCCGUACUAUAUUCUUAAGCAACUUCACGUUCAAAGAUUACACUACUGCAUAUAGGACAAAUGUCAUAGGGCAGGUUGUUAGUCUAGAAACUUAUGACGUUAUCGCUCAAGGAAAACCAAUAAGAAAGUUGGACGUUGUUCUACGUAAUGCCAGGUUGCCAACCAACACAUUUGUGAUAUCCAAUGAACAUAAGGUGCCAUCAUCAUCCACUAAGUCUGUUUCAUGGAGAGAUGAAUUCUUUGAUAGAAAUGAAAGAAAGACAAUUCAGGGUAUUGUUUAUGCUGAUAUGGAAAUGAAAUGUGUUACUGCUGCGACAGUUGUUCGAGUCGAAUAUAAUCCUAUAUGGUAUUAUAUUGCAUGCAGAACUUGCGAUAAAACAGUUCAUCCAAUAGAAUCUGAUUCUACCGAUGACGAUUCUUUGCUAUUUGAUUGUAGAGAAUGUGGCGAGGCUGUCUCAGAUGUUGUAGCCAGGUAUAAGUUAGUGUUGGUUGUUUCCGACGAUUCUGGCGAAGAGAUAAGAUUCUUACUGUUUGAUAAAAUCGCAAGCGCAUUUCUCCGAGUUCAGGCAGAUACUUUAGCUGAGGAGGUUGCUGAGGACGGGACUUUGGUGCUUCCACGAGCUCUUUCUGCUUUGGUUGGGAAGAAACUCCUUUUCAAAAUCGGAAUAGGAACGGAGAAUCUGACUAACAGACGUCAAACUUAUAAAGUUGAGAUCGUUGUCGAUGAUGCAGAUAUGUUGAAUAAGGAUGUUGGUAAUUCGAGGAAGCUGAGAGCAGAUAUCGUGGAGCUUCUGAAGAAAAUGUUAGAUGAUCAUAAUCCUCAUGUUAAAGCCUUAAGAACUGCACGCGAACGAUUUGUUGGGAAUCAAAAUUCUAAAGGUUUUAAUUUGGUUCUUGCAAGUGGCCGAACUACCGAUGGUCGAACGCAUAACUUACUUACUGAGAACGAUGUGGCAGCUUUGAUACCUGGUGAUUUCAAUAUGUUAACAGAAAAAAGAGACAUCGUUAUUCAAAGCAAGUCUGGAGGUUUAUACUGUAUAAGUGAGUUGCAUCCGGCUUAUUUACCUUUGCAGUAUCCGUUAUUGUUUCCGUAUGGUGAAGAUGGUUUUAGAUUAGGUAUUGAUAUUGGCUAUGUUGAUACAUCUGGAAGGAAACGCACAACCGUGACAAUGCGCGAGUUUUUCGCAUUUCGCAUUCAAGACAGGCAUGGAGAAUCCCCAAUCAUUAUGAUGUCUGGGAGAUUGUAUCAGCAGUUUCUGGUUGACGCAUAUACGAUGGUAGAAUCAAAUAGGCUUCGUUAUAUAUGGCAUAAUCAAAAGAAGCUACGGUGUGACAGCUUUGAUAAGAUUGAACAAUCUGGUGAACGUGGCAAUAAUGAUCUUUCUGAACAAGGAAAAAAGGUGCUUAUACCUGCUUCAUUCACGGGAACGAUGUAUAACAUUGAAUUCCAAAAAAGAGGAUUGCCACAUGCCCACAUGGUAGUUUUCUUGAAACCUGAAUCCAAACUACCAACAGGCGAGGACAUAGAUAGAUUUAUAUCAGCAGAGAUACCGGACAAGGACUUGGAUCCAAUUUUGUACGAAAAUGUUGGAGACUUGAUGAUACAUGGACCAUGCGAUCUCUUAAAGCGUUUUCGGGCACAUGUUAACGUUGAGUGGUGCAACCAAACCAGGUCUAUAAAGUACCUAUUCAAAUAUAUAAACAAGGGUCCAGAUUACAUUAGAGCAGCAAUCGAGGAUGAAGACGGUAACCCCGUUAUAUCCCAAGAUGAGGUUGAGCAACAUUACAAUUGCAGAUACAUUUCACCGUAUGAAUCUUCAUGGAUGCUUCUAAAGAUUCCUACACAGUACCGAAGCAUGGCAGUAAUGCAACUUUCGUUUCAUUUGUCUGGUAAACAAAUGUGUAUAUAUCACGAAGGAGAGAGCGUUGACCAAGUCUUAAACAAGGCAUCGGCAGGUCAGUCACAAUUUCUAGCGUGGAUGGAGGCAAACAAGGAACAUGCCUUGGCAAAGGAGCUAACAUAUGCUGAUUUCCCAACAAAAUUCGUCUGGGUCUCAAAGCAGCGGCAAUGGAGAAUACAAAAACAAGGUUUUGCCAUAGGCAGACUGGUGUAUGUCUCACCUUCCGUUGAAAACGCAUAUCAUUUGAGGAUUCUUCUCAAUAUAGUCAAGGGCCCUGAGAGUUUUGAUGAUUUAAAAAAGGUUAAUGGUGUUAUAUACUCUUCUUUCCGAGAAGCAUGCUUUGCGCUUGGUUUGUUAGACGAUGAUAAAGAAUACAUUGAAGGAAUUAAAGAGGCCAGUUUUUGGGGAACUGGAAAGUUUCUUCAUAAACUUUUUGCUAUAAUGCUUCUUUCGAGUAGUGUAGCAGUUCUGAUCAACGUCUGGAAUGCUACUUGGAAAAUAUUAACUGAGGAUUUCUUAUAUCAGAAAAGGCGUGAAGAGAAUGACCCAGGUUUGGUGUUGACUGAAGCCCAAUAUAAGAAUCUUGGUUUGUCAGAUAUAGAGAAGUAUAUGCGCAGAAACGGUCAUUCAUUAUCCGACUAUAAAGGAGAGAUGCCAGUCCCUGAUGAUAUUGGAAAGUAUAAGAAAUCAAAUCAUCUAAUCCAGGAUGAGAAAUCAUAUGAUCGUGCAAAACUUGCAAACGAUCAUGUCAAGUUGUUUUCAACAAUAACCAAUGAACAGAAGGAUAUCUACAAUGAGAUAAUGGAUGCAGUUACAAGAGGUAUCGGUGGAAUGUUUUUUGUUUAUGGAUAUGGUGGGACAGGUAAAACGUAUCUAUGGAGGCUUUUAGGCGCUGCUCUUCAUUCUCAAGGAAAAAUAGUUCUCAAUGUUGCAUCAAGUGGCAUUGCAGCAUUGUUAUUAGAGGGAGGAAGAACAACGCAUUCUCGGUUUGGAAUACCCAUAGUUGUGAACGAGUAUACAUUCUGUAAUGUGAGUUCUGGAUCACACCAAGCAGAGCUGAUUAAAGCAGCCGAUCUUAUUAUAUGGGAUGAGGCUCCGAUGAUGAGCAAGCAUUGUUUUGAGACAUUGGAUCGGACUAUGCGUGAUAUACUAAAGUGUGAUAAGGUCUUUGGUGGAAAGGUCGUUGUUUUGGGUGGUGACUUUCGACAAAUACUCCCUGUUAUUAUCGGAGGCAACAGCUCAGAGACUAUAUUGGCAACUGUGAAUUCUUCUCAUAUUUGGUCUGAUUUCAAAUUUCUGCAGCUAAAGACAAAUAUGAGACUGCUUCGUGGCGAUAAUGAUUUCAAUAAUCAAGAAAUUGAAGAAUUCGCCAAGUGGAUCUUGGAUAUUGGUGAUGGAAAACUAAAUAUUCAUGAUACCAUAGAAGAUGAAUUAGAAAUUCCAGCGGAUUUGCUGAUAAGCGGAGAAGGUGAUCCUGUUAAGAGAAUAGUCUCGGAGAUUUAUGGUCAAUCUUACACAACCACUCCUGAUCAAGUUUUUUUUCAGGAAAGGGCAAUACUCAGUCCACGGAAUCAGGAUGUCGACGUUAUCAAUGAAUUCAUGCUAUCAGAACUCAAAGGUGAGGAAUAUGAAUACCUUAGUGCCGAUAGCAUUGAUACUUCAGACACAAGCAAAAUAGACGAAGUCGUCUAUACACAGGAGUAUCUUAAUAGUAUGAAGGUAUCAGGGCUGCCAAAUCAUUCUCUCAAGUUAAAGAUAGAAGCUCCAAUAAUGUUGCUUAGAAAUAUUGAUCCUAAGGGUGGUUUAUGUAAUGGUACGAGGUUGCUUAUUACUCGGUUAGCUAGGCAUGUAAUCGAGGCAAGCCAUAUAACCGGGAAGAAAAUAGGAAAAAAGGUUAUCAUACCUAGAAUGUUUGUGUUACCACCAGAAGCAAAGUUUCCUUUUAGAAUGCGCUGGAGGCAGUUUCCUAUUACCAUAACUUUUGCUAUGACUAUAAACAAAAGUCAGGGUCAGACUCUACAAAAGGUGGGAUUAUAUUUGCCAAAGCCAGUGUUCUCGCAUGGUCAACUUUAUGUCGCCGUGUCUAGAGUUACAUCACGCCAAGGGUUGAAGAUUCUUAUUACAGAUAAGAAUGGCAAAGCACAAAAGAAGACAAUGAAUGUUGUUUACAAAGACGUGUUUGAAAACAUUUAUAAAAAUUCGUGGUUGGUUUGA